CCAACUCCAACACGCUCUUGGAUUGGGGGCAGAGAUGCAGCUUCAAGGAUCAAUGUUUUGUCAUGCAAUCAGUGAACAAGGUCAUUUCUGAUCGUCAACAAACCAAAACCAACAACCAUCGCCGACGACUUUUCAUCGUCAACCGGCUUGCCAGUCCGUCCACUAGCUCCAAAGCUGCUUGAUUUGACUCGGAUUACCAGGAGGAACUGUGGUUUUUUCUUCUUUUCUGUCGGCCGGCCAGCUUGGGCUGCGCAAGGCGGCUCAACAACCCAGUCGAUCCUCGGCAUCACGGCUUCGUCCAUACCGAACCGAUCGAACCACUACAGCAUCAAGAUCAUUCGUACCUAAUAUAGAAAAACGGAAAAUGGGUGUUUGCAGCUCAUCAUGCUGCGCAGGGGCCGCAAGGGAGGGUUUGUACGAGCCUGCACUUGCAGAUAACGAGCGAGAGGCCGUUGCCGACCUUCUGACUUAUCUCGAACACCGAAACGAGACCGACUUUUUCUCCGGCGAGCCCCUAAGGGCACUGAGCACGCUCGUGUACUCCGAUAACCUGGAUUUGCAAAGGAGCGCCAGUUUGACGUUUGCAGAGAUCACGGAAAGAGAUGUGCGCGAGGUCGACCGUGAUACUCUUCACCCAAUCUUGUUCCUUCUGGCUAGCGAUGACCUUGAAGUGCAACGGGCUGCAAGUGCUGCGCUAGGCAACCUGGCGGUUAAUCCCGAGAACAAAGUCAAGAUUGUCGCUCUUGGAGGUCUGAAUCCGUUGAUCAGGCAAAUGUGUUCCGCAAACGUCGAAGUGCAAUGCAACGCCGUCGGAUGCAUCACCAACCUGGCGACACAUGAAGAGAACAAGGCCAAGAUUGCUAAGUCUGGGGCCCUUGGUCCUCUCACCCGCCUUGCCAAGUCCAAAGAUAUGCGCGUCCAGCGAAAUGCCACAGGUGCACUGCUGAACAUGACUCACUCAGAUGAAAACCGGCAACAGCUGGUUAAUGCUGGUGCUAUACCGGUUCUAGUCCAGCUUUUGACAUCGUCUGACGUUGAUGUGCAAUACUACUGCACAACCGCUUUGAGUAAUAUUGCCGUCGAUGCUACAAACCGCGCUAAGCUGGCACAAACAGAGCCCAAGCUUAUACAAUCACUUGUCGCCCUGAUGGAGUCGUCGUCACCAAAGGUUCAGUGUCAAGCAGCGCUUGCCCUCAGAAAUCUGGCGUCGGACGAGAAGUAUCAACUCGAUAUCGUCCGGGCUAAUGGUCUCGCCCCACUUCUUCGUCUCCUGCAAUCGUCAUACCUGCCUCUGAUUUUGUCUGCUGUUGCCUGCAUCCGGAAUAUCUCGAUUCAUCCAUUGAAUGAGUCGCCAAUCAUUGAGGCUGGUUUCUUGAAGCCUCUGGUGGACUUGCUCGGAUCCACGGACAACGAAGAAAUCCAAUGCCACGCCAUUUCUACAUUGAGGAACCUCGCCGCGAGCUCUGACCGCAACAAGGAGUUGGUCCUUGAAGCGGGUGCUGUACAGAAAUGCAAACAACUCGUUCUCGACGUACCCAGCACAGUGCAAUCAGAAAUGACUGCCGCUAUUGCCGUACUAGCUCUCGCUGAUGAUCUGAAGCUCAUCCUGCUGAGCCUGGGAGUCAUGGAUGUGCUUUUGCCGCUGACGCAGUCUACAAGCAUCGAAGUUCAAGGAAACAGUGCGGCUGCGCUGGGUAAUCUAUCAUCUAAAGUGGGUGACUAUUCUAUGUUCAUCCAGUGUUGGACGGAGCCCGCUGGAGGCAUCCACGGGUAUCUGAGCAGGUUUCUAGCAAGUGGCGACGCUACAUUUCAACAUAUUGCGAUGUGGACAUUACUACAGCUACUUGAGUCCGAAGACAAGAAGCUCGUGGCCCAGGUGGGCAAGUCUGAGGAUAUUGUGGAGAUGAUUAAGGGGAUAGCCAACCAACCUGUCGAUUCGGACAACGAAUACGACGACGACGACGAAGGUGAAGUCGUCAACUUGGGCCAACGUUGCCUGGAACUCCUGGGCCUCGGCAACUCGAAAUCACACAUUGAAGGCUAAAAGAUGGUCUGGACUCUCAUUUGUAUAUUUUUUUUCGCGGUCUCAGCCGCAUGGUUGAGGUUCAAGGGUUCAGGACCACCAAUCAUACCGGCAUCCUCUGGACAUUGGGCGGGCGCGGUGUUCGUGGCGUAUGCUUAUCAUUUUUUUUUCUUGUUUACUUGCCCUUAUAAGUUCAGAGCAGGGGUCGGGCCAUACCCUCAUUCUUAUAAUAGCCUUGUCCGUGAGGCGGUAUAUUCUUUCAUUUUGGAGGACGGCGUAAAACGAACGUCCAUUUAGCAUGGAAAGGCGACCUGACAUAAGUUGGAAGUUCUUGGGUCUGCAUAUUUGUUGUGUUUUUAUUGUUGACUGUUGGCUGAAAGCUUUGAUCGGUGAUAUGUUGUGGAGUGACAAUCGAGUUGAUGAUUACUGGUGACCAAGAGACCCUCGCUCCUGCCUUGAGAUUUGCAAUCAACGCAGAAAUAAAAUGUGACAGAUGCUAUCUUUCUCAAUGAAUAACGUGUGGUAUGGUCACCAGAAAUGGCAAAAUCCAUAACUUUUCGACUUCAGGUUAGGUUACUAUUAAUAGCUUGUUAGUUUCC